AUGGCCGACGAGCAGACUUUCAUUGCCAUCAAGCCCGAUGGUGUCCAGCGUGGACUCGUUGGUCCCAUCAUCUCUCGCUUCGAGAACCGUGGCUUCAAGCUCGUUGCCCUGAAGCUCACCUCCCCCGGCCAGGAGCUCCUCGAGAAGCACUACGCUGACCUUGCCACCAAGCCUUUCUUCAAGGGUCUCGUCUCUUCGGCCCCAUCUGCGCCAUGGUCUGGGAGGGUAAGAACGCCGUCAAGACCGGCCGUGUCCUCCUGGGUGCUACCAACCCCGCUGACUCCGCCCCCCGGUACCAUCCGUGGUGACUACGCCAUCGAGGUUGGCCGUAACGUCUGCCACGGCUCCGACUCCGUCGAGAACGCCAAGAAGGAGAUUGCCCUCUGGUUCACUCCCUCCGAGGUCCUCAAGUGGACUUCCGCCCAGGCCAAGUGGGUCUACGAGUAA